AAGAGCUUCCGCGGGAAUUUCCGGAGAGACAUUGAGUGAGAGACAGUGAAGGAAUGCGCUUGAUAGUCUUGUGAAUCAGCCUUCUUUUACUAAUAUUGUUUAAUGUGGAAACGUCUCGAUUGCUGUGCAAAAUACAUCUUGUAAAGGUGAAGUGGCAUUUGAAGCAGAAAAGUUGAGAUCGGUCAAUAUGACUGGAUGAAGCAAGAGUUGACGUCUGUCAAUCAUAAGUCAAUGUGACUGGAUGCAACAGAAGACCAAAGAGCUGACUGUCAAUGCGCCUGGAUGAAGCAGUUCUAAGAGUUGACAUCUGUCAAUGUGACCGGAUGAAUGGCAUCGAGCGGACCUUCGGAGGAGUGGCGUCUGCGACGGGCGGGGCCUCCCUCCACGGUCAACAACAGCGCCUCUCUGAUCCGACUGCGCAAUGAGGGUCAGGUGACGGUGGGCAGGGGGCCGAGUGCCGACUAUUUCUUGGACUCUGCCGUGACUUUGCGGCUGAUAUCUCGCGUCCAUGCCUCCAUCAUCGGGGAGCGCCUGGACAAUGGAGGUCAACAGUUCACGGUGGUCAACUCUGGCCUCAACGGGACCUACAUCAACGACUUCAAGAUGGGCAUACAGUCGGACAACAGCGUGCGUCUGCGCGAGGGAGACAAGGUCACCUUCGGUCACCCGGGCUGUGCUUCCAUCAAAGUGGGAGAGCUCGCUCCGCAGCCUCAGUCCGAGUUCCAGUUUAUUUUAGAGCAUGUGCCGUGUGGGGACACAGCCCAGGUCAAGGACACGAAUGCUCGGGGAGUGAUCACGCCCGCGACUGUCGGCUCGGAUUUCUCCCACAUGGUCAAAGAGCCACGGCAUGAAAGGGAGGAGGUCUCCCUGUCCGAGAAGGAGAACAAGAGCGGCCGGCGCUCGUCGCACAAGUCGCCCGGUGUGUCUCGGGCCGUUUCCGUGGACGCUGCCACCCCAACCAGACCACAUGCAUCGGAGUCGACAUCUUCAUCAUCGUCGGGUUCCUCUUUGUUGUCCGACGGUCAGAAAGGUCGGGUCCGGAAGAGACCCAGUCUCGACGCCUCAACAGAUGUGAGCGUAAGUUGUAGCAGGUCCCCGGCAGACAUGAGCAUGACUUAUAGCCGGGCGUCGAGCAGUCCGGACGUGAUCUUCGUGUCGGAGCAGGGGGCGCUGCUGCCUCCUCGUGUGGAGAUCAAGGAGGAAGAAGACGAGGGGGAUGAGUGGCCGGACAGGAGGGAGGAGGGUGAUGGCGGUGACGAUAACGAUGGUGGCUCUGGCUGGGGGCAGAGCGGGCUGGCGGAGGUCGUCCCCGAAGGUGGUGGGGGGGAUGGGUCGAAGGUCACCCACCACAGGGAAACCCCGAACCAGUCUGGGGAAAAGCCAAAACAGACUGGGAACAGGUCAAAGGUCAAUGGAGAUGUGUUGUCGACACUGGGUGUGGAGAGGUCGAAGGUCGGCCAAGAUGCGUCUUCAAAACAGACUGCAGAGAGACCAGAGGUCGUUUCGCAUGCGUUGUCGAAAGAGGCUGUUGAUGGGCCAAAGAUCAUCCAAGAUAUUUUGACAAAACAGGCUGUUGAUAGGCCAAAGAUCAUCCAAGAUAUUUUGACAAAACAGGCUGUUGAUAGGCCAAAGUUCAUCCAAGAUAUUUUAGCAAAACAGGCUGUUGAUGGGCCAAAGGUCAUCCAAGAUAUUUUGACAAAACAGGCUGUUGAUAGGCCAAAGUUCAUCCAAGAUAUUUUGGCAAAACAGGCUGUUGAUAGGCCAAUAGUUGCUCAGGAGGUUUCGUCAAAACAUGGUGCAGAAAGAGGGGGCGUGAGUCCUGUUUGUGCUGAUUCCCUGCGUGCAGAAAGAGGGGGCAUGAGUCCUGUUUGUGCUGAUUCCCUGCGUGCAGAAAGAGGGGGCAUGAGUCCUGUUUGUGCUGAUUCCCUGCGUGCAGAAAGAGGGGGCAUGAGUCCUGUUUGUGCUGAUUCCCUGCGUGCAGAAAGAGGGGGCGUGAGUCCUGUUUGUGCCGAUUCCCUGCGUGCAAGUGACCAAAAUGUCAGGCUACUUUCACAGCUGCCAUCUGGCAAAGACACGUGUCUCCCUGGUCAAUUGAGCCGGUGUGACGAGACAGACUGUGGUGUUAAAAGUGAAGGUCGUGUUGGCCUUACAAGUCAAAGGAGAGAUGUGAAAAUCGACAAAAGCGUAAGUAUUUUGGACAAAAUAAACUGUGGCCAUGCUGAGAGCCGGACAAGCCUUGUGAAUAAAACAAACUGUGGCCAUGCUGAGAGCCGGACAAGCCUUGUGAAUAAAACAAACUUUGCAAAAGUUGAAGGUCAUACGUGUAUUGUGAAUAAUAAAAACCGUGUCAAAGGUAAAGGUCAUGCAACUAUUCCGGAUAAAGCUAGCAAUAUGAAGGAAGAAGGCAAUGCUCAUGUUGUGAAGAAAGCAGACCAGUGUGCCAAAGCAGACGUUGUUUGUGGCGAUUUGGAGCCUGGUACCUGGCGACCGCCCCCAUCCACGCGACCGCCUCCCUCUAAAGCUGCCAUAAAGCCGCAUGAAAAGUCUGCCGGACUCCUCCCAGCCACAUGUCAAAAGCUUGCAGAGAUCAAGGUCAUCACGGAGGAUUUGUGUGGGAAGAAAGCGGACACUCCCCCGUUUGCUCCGGAGGACAAGUUGACCUCGGUCAGCCCCAAGAUUUCCCCGGAUUCGCAGCUGCGGCCGCUAAUGCCUUGCAAUAUGGCUAGUCUGAAUAACACGAUUCCGGCGUUGCCCGUUAAACCUGUCUUUGGUUCGUUCGGUUUGCAUGAUGAAAGCAUGAAAGCGGAGAAGAAGCUCUUAUUCUCAAACCAAAGCUUCAACAAACCGAACAACCUUCACAAGUUGGAAGUAGCAGCGGAAGGAAAACUGAAGUCCGGCUCUGUGGUCAGCUCCGGUACCUCUGUGGUCAAGCAGUCGUUAGAUGGAAUAAAGAAAUCCGAGUGGACGCGUGGUGGUGGUGGUGGUAGAGCGGAGGCCGUCUCGUCGUCUGCUGUGGUAGAGACACCUCGUUGUACCUCUGGGGGGAAAGACCGGGGUUCUUCCAGCCUGCGGGGUAAGCCCACCAUCACCCCCACCACCACCACCCCCACACCGACGUGUGUUGUGUCGUCUGCUUCCUCGUCAGCCCGGCAGUUAUCAGGCCAGGGGGGGUGGGUGCGGUCGGACGUAGGGGUGGGCGUGGUGGUGUCUGAGAACUGUGGGACUGACGGGUCGCACCAGUGCCGGGACGUAGACAGUAGCACGUGCACCGCGCUGGUCAGCUCGACCCGGUCGAAGGAAGACGUGGCCCCCAGCUCCACACAGGAAGGGCCUUCACCGUGCUCGACGCAAGCAACAGAAACGCCUCAGGUGGCCUCGCAGGCUUCUUCGGAACUGUCCUCAUCAUCAUCCUCGUCGUCCAUAUCUUCAUCUUCAUCAUCAUCGUCAUCUUCGCCGACAUCAUCAGCGGAGAGCUCAGCCGCGGUACCUACAGGUUCCACAGAGCCAGAGGAACCGGCUGAAAGUUUACGUCUACUUCAAAAACCGCCCAAUUCCAAAGAGAUUUCCACCGUAGAAAACCACUCAGAUGCUCGGCCCCCAAAUCGAAAACUUGAGGCGGCACCACCGCCGGCCCUCCCCACUUCUAGAUCCUCCUCAUCCGUGCACCCUGUGACCCCUGGGCGUACGACCAACUCCCCCGCCCACCCCACUCACAAAGACGUACCCAGCUCCAUGUCCAAGCCUGAACUGGACCAGAGGCCUGUCUCCCGGAACACUGACCACAAGGUCUGUGACCAUCUGCUGUUGGACAGCUCCCCGCCCCUGCUAGAAGGGACAGCUCUGGGCUUGUUCGGCAGCUCGGACGAGGAAGAAGACGAGCCGCGAGGCGUCAACAACACCAAGAAGAUCAUGAAGCGGAUCUACUCGCCACGACACCACUCGUCCGGGCCGCCCAGUCAGUGCAAACGGUCAAAGGUUCCACCUUCAUCGUCAUCGUCUCCGUCGUCGCUGUUAUUAUCAUCCCACAAACACAAAGGGGACAGCCCAGCAGGUGACCGGCCGAAAACCGCAAAAAUGUCAACAAAGUGGUUAUCAUCAUCAUCAUCAUCAUCAUCAUCAUCAUCGUCGUCGUUGCAAGCUGUGACAGUGAAGGCAGUGGAGAUACCUGUGGAGGAGGAUAGUGAUGGUUCAGAUGCGACGUCGUCGUCCUCAGACCUGUCUGACCUUGAGAGACACUUCCCGUCUCUGGCCACUCGCCCCCCCAUCACCAAAGUGGCCACUCCCAAGACAGCGCCGGCCAAGCGGAAACGUCGCGGUUCUUCCUCUGUUUCCUCCUCCUCCUCAGAUUCCCAGACACCUCAACAGCUGUCAGCAGCGUCGGUGCCGUCGCGUUCUUCGGGCCGGAAGGAUCAGCGAGGUCAAGGUCGUACGGGUGUUCCUACAUCUGGGACAACGACGAGAGUGGCGGGGGAAUUGGUGGGGAAGACUGCGGCAAAGUCUGGGACGCCGCUGAGGAACGUUUGCGACAAGAGUGGCAAGGAUCCCGUGGUGGUGAUGGUGCCGGUUGAGACAUCGAUGGUCAAGUCCUCCGCAGACGCGAGUCGCAGGUCCAAGGGCAAGGUCGAGGCCGGGAAGCAGAGCUCGAGUCGUAGUAGUCCUGCUACUGCAAGGUCGGGGUCAACAUCAGGGUCAUCGAAGUCAGGGUCGUCUGUUCCAGGAGGGCCGUCUAAGCCAGUUUCUGUGUCGUCAGGGUCAGGGUCAUCUGGGGGUGAGAGGUCAGUGGCUGCACGAACAGACAGUGGUCGGUCUGCGACUCAGACAGUGCUCAACGAAGACAAGUCCACGUUUGGCAUAGCGCUGGCCAGCUCUCGCUCGAUGGCUCGCACAGGGGGAGGAAGCAAAAAGUCGUCCGGAGUUGUCACUCCCAGCAGUCAUCGAGCCUCCUCAAAGUCAAAUCUGCCGGAGAAGCAAAAGCAAGCACCCGGCGGUCUGAGAACUGGUCAUUCUCAGAAGACUGACCGCUCUUGGGCGGAUGACCCGUGGGUCAAGACACACUCCAACCGCCCGCCGAAACCAUCGACCGGGACGAGCAGCGACAGAAAGACUGGCGAGCUGGAUCGACGGGAGGACAGGAAGACGUUGUCUAAGGGAGAUAACGCCGCAGUGGUGGCUCACAAAGGGAAGCAAUCCGGCGUAUCUCAGAAAGGGAAGUCGUCCUCCUCUGUAGGUGUCAAGGCCUCGUCGAUAGCGGCUAAGCCGAGCCAUCACGCCCAAUCAGGUCAGGGAAAGGUGGAGUUGGAGGAGAAAAACAGAAAGAAGGAGAGAAAGAAGAAGCCUCCGUCUGCAAAACGACAGAGAGUGAUGUCUGGGACUGAUUCAUCAAGCGAGGAUUCGGAAAGUCCUGGCAGAGCCUUGCGGAGUCUACGCGCCAGGCCGAGAGAGAGCCAGACAGGAAGUGGAAGGAGCACACGAUCGUCUCAAGCCAAGAAAGCCGCGCCGUCAAAGAAAGAGAAGAAGAGGCGAGCGAUGAUGGAGGACAGCAGCGAGGGGGACGUGGAGGAAGAGGACGAGGGGGAGGACGGGGUGCAGUACUGCGACGAGUCGUGUCAGGCCGCAGACUGUCUCAACCCGGAGGGCGACGAGGUGCAGUGGGUCCUGUGCGACAAGUGUUUGAAGUGGUACCACGUGGAGUGCAUCGACUGUCCGCCGGAGGUCCUGGAGGAGGAGAACGCCCAAUUCUUCUGUCCCAGUUGUAAAUGAGGUCAACGCCUGAAUGCCCAAUUCUCCUGUCCCAGUUGUAAAUGAGGUCAACGCCUGAAUGCCCAAUUCUCCUGUCCCAGUUGUAAAUGAGGUCAACGCCUGAAUGCCCAAUUCUUCUGUCCCAGUUGUAAAUGAGGUCAACGCCUGAAUGCCCAAUUCUUCUGUCCCAGUUGUAAAUGAGGUGUUAGAAAAGGAAAAUGCCCAAUUCUUCUGUCCCAGUUGUAAAUGAGGUCUCAGAAGAGAAACUCGCCUAAAUGCCCUGUUUUUCUGUCCAAGUUGUAAAUAAAAUGUAGGUCAUGGGCGAGCGUUGGGAGCUUUCUGUUCCGAAUGUGUUCACAAGUGAUACGAAGGAGUCCUUCUAGCUUUGUCUGUAAGACAGGAGAGGCUGAGAUCUUCCGUCACUGACAGAGGGCUCGUUAUGUUUGCUUUGAGGAUCGGGCAAAGGGAGGGACCGAACUCACUAGUUGUUUGAAACUAAGCAAGUGACACGUGGAUACAAGUGAAGAAACAGACAUUCACACUGUGGAACAGACAUUCACACUGUGGAACAGACUUCCACCAGACAUUCACGUAGUGGAACAGACAUUCACGUAGUGGAACAGACAUUCACGUAGUGGAACAGACAUUCACGUAGUGAUUCACGUAGUGAUUCACGUAGUGAUUCACGUAGUGGAACAGACAUUCACGUAGUGGAACAGAUACACUAGCAGAUGCACACACUCACAUUUAGAUUCUCAAGGCAUGUUGUGAGUGCAGAUGAAAUUGUUCUGACAUCAGCAAAAAGAAAGUUGUUUCUCUGUGGUUGAAAACAGGCGUGCCGUCUACCUGCCAUAGACUGGUCACAACCCGUCCGCAGCCACAUACAUGCAGAAUGAACCAAAUACACGCAGAAUGAACCAAAUACACACUGAAUGAACCAAAUACACGCAGAAUGAACCAAAUACACACAGAAUGAACCAAAUACACACAGAAUGAACCAAAUACACACUGAAUGAACCAAAUACACGCAGAAUGAACCAAAUACACACUGAAUGAACAAAAUACACGCAGAAUGAACCAAAUACACGCAGAAUGAACAAAAUACACGCAGAAUGAACAAAAUACACGCAGAAUGAACCAAAUACACACAGAAUGAACCAAAUACACGCAGAAUGAACCAAAUACACGCAGAAUGAACCAAAUACACGCAGAAUGAACCAAAUACACGCAGAAUGAACCAAAUACACCCUGAA